AUGCGGUGGAAGAGAACAGCUUUGUUAAAUGUGGUGCUGGUGGUAGCCACGUCAGCGCUGCACCUCACUGUAGAACAUGGGAUACACAGUGACCAGAACAGUACCAGCCUUGUUGCCGUUGAUGAAACGGCCAAUUCAGUGCUUGUUUCCACCAUAACACAUUCUGAGGAUUUUGCAGCGGGUGACAAAGCAGAUGCACAUAACACAACGAAAGAAGAAUCUUUCACAUCAACACAAUCUAACUCUUAUUCUAAUAGCAAUAGUGUCGCAUACGGACAUGAGCCAAUAGGCGACAAAGAAAAGAGGAUGAACACUGAAAGUUUGCAUAUUAGAACCGGCGACGAUGGCGAUGACGGGGAUGUUGAGAAUAAUGGUAACGAUAAUGGUGACGAUAAUGGUGAAGAUAAUGGUGACGAUAAUAAUGAUGAGAAAUUAGUUGUGGACACAUCGUCUGGUAAAGUACGUGGUCAUAUCUGGCGGAAAAAUGAAAACAUAAUUAGCUACAUUGAUAUAAAAUACGGCACUUUCAACAGCCUAUUUGAGGCUCCAGUAGCACCAAACAGAUCAACUACAGUUCAUGAAAUUAAAGAACAUGCAUCUCGAUGUCCUCAGCUACAAGAUGAUAAAGUUGUCGGUGAUAAAGACUGUCUGACAUUGAGCAUCUUCAAACCACCUAAUGUUGAAAAUGCGAGUGUCCUUGUUCACAUCCACGAGGGGAAUUUUAUUGGAGAAAGCGCCAAUCCUGAAAUAUACGGUCCAGAAUAUUUAAUAGCAAAACAAAUAAUCCUGGUGUUACCUAAUUAUAGACUAGGGCCGCUCGGAUUCCUUUGUAUGCAAGACAAAACUGCUCCUGGUAACGCAGCUUUAAAAGAUUUGUCUUUAGCGUUGACUUGGGUAAAGACAAACAUUAAGAAAUUUGGUGGAAACCCUGGAAAUAUUGCAGUAAGUGGCAUUGGUACCGCGGGUGCGUUAGCUGGAUAUCUGGCUCUGUCUCCGAUGUCACAUGAGAAUGUCCACAAAGUUAUCAUAGAAAGUGGUUCAGUUUUAUCUCAUUGGGCAAUAGACAGAGAUCCCAUCGAUACUGCAACACGUUUAUCCAGUAAGAUUGAAAAUUUUAAAUCAUUUGAGGAUGUAGAUCUAAAGCCACUAUUGAAAGCUGCAGAAACCGUUGCGUUGAGACCAUGUUUAGAAAAAACCGAUAAACCUUUUAUGACUGAAACUCCGUGGAAAGUUAUGGAAAACAAAGAAAUUAAAAUCCCGUUUAUGAUGGGUACGGCCAAGUAUGCUGGCGUCCAUGAAUUUUUAAGUCUUACACAACAAACUGUUCAGGAAUUGAAUGAAGACGUCGGUCUUUUGUUGCCAAACGAUUUACACUUCACAAGCGACGACGAAAGAACAAGAAUAGGCAAUAGAGUAAAAACUGAAUAUUUUGGUGAGGACACUAUUAGCCUGAGCAGUGCGGACCGACUGACACUGUAUUAUACGGAUGCUGCAUAUCUUGGUCCUGCAUUGCGCACUGCUCGACCGUUAGUAAGCUCUGGUGCAACGGUAUACUUCUAUGAAUUUUCUUUUGUUGGUGAAUUUAACAGGGAAUCGCAUGCUAUUGAAAGCCCGAUAGAGGGUGCAGUGAGAGGUGACAUCGUUGGUUACAUUUUCACGCAAGAUGGAAUUGUGCCAGCCGAAAAUACAGGCGAGCGAUCAAUGGUGGAGUGUCUAGUCGAAUUAUGGACCAGUUUCAUCAAUACAGGUACGCCGACCUCCACUGACAUAACUUGGGAGAAGUUUGACAACGAGGACCCUUCCGAAGAACACUGGCUAUCGAUCGACACCGACGUGACUCCGUCAAAGGGUGUGCACGUGCCGCGUAUGACGCUGUGGACUGAGAUAUACAAGGAGUACUUCAUAGAGAGGAACCUCGCCUACGGGAUGUCUCCCAGCGUCUGCACCGUGCUCCUCCUUCAAGCUGUGUUCUUCAUCACAUUCUUUAGGCACGCCUGGCAUUUCUUCUGA